AAACACCAGAAAACACGCCGGUUUGUUGUUUAUUUACGCUUAAAACUUUGGCUAGCAGAAUUGUGUUUUCGAGUUUCGAGUCCUGUUUAAUUAAAUAUAAGCGCGAAACAACCUUAAUAGGCCCCUCAUACGCCGAUUUUGUCCUACAGGAUGUCCGACAAGGAACAGACAGCAUGCUCUUCUAAUGGGGACGAAAGAUCUAAAAAUCCACCAAAGGCGUCAAACAAGAGGAAGGACAAUAGCGAUGAUGAAAGCGAAGGAGAUGGACCUGGACCCAUCAAGAAGGUUGCACCACAACCACCUAAGAAGCUGCUCGCAGAUUUGCGGUACCAGCAGCUCUAUUUGGACAAUUUGCCGUCCGCCGAAGCUUACGAGAAGAGCUACAUGCACAGAGACGUGGUCACCCACGUUGCUGUCACAAAAACAAAUUUUAUCAUCACUGGAAGUUGUGAUGGGCACGUAAAAUUCUGGAAAAAAAGUGACGAACUGAUUGAGUUCGUGAAACACUUUCGAGCUCAUUUGGGAGUGAUCAAUGACCUGGUUGUGAACCACAAUGGCUCCCUCCUCUGCACCGUUGCCACAGACAAAGCCAUGAAAAUUUUUGAUGUCAUCAAUUUUGACAUGAUCAACAUGAUAAAGCUGGACUUUGUAGUUCGUUGUGCUGAGUGGAUUCAUUUACCAGGAGAUGCCAUAUCUACAAUUGCAGUGGCCAGCUCUGAGAGUAACAUAAUUAACGUUUACGACGGGCAAAGCAGCAACUCUGAGCCUCUACACACCUUCGAUCGGCUGCACUCAAAAACAGUCGUGAUUAUGAAGCUAAAUAUCCCGUUCGCAACUGUGGUGUCGAUUGAUCAGGCUGGAAUCAUUGAGUACUGGAUGGGAUUCAAGCAGCAGUUCAAGCAGCCCACCUGUGUCAAAUUCGAGUCCAAAUUGGACACUAGCUUGUACGAGUUCGCCAAGAACAAAACCUACCCAACUGGACUGAGUUUCUCUCCAGACGGACAACUGAUGGCAACUCUUGCUGUUGACCGAAAAGUACGAAUCUUCAAGUUCUUGACUGGCAAACUAAAACUAGUUAUUGACGAGACGUUGCCAAGGUACACCGAGAUGCAGCAAGCAGAUCCACAAAUACCGCAAAUGGAGUUUGGGCGGAGGAUGGCGGCUGAAAGAGAUAUUGAAAAGAAUGAGGCCCAAGGAAAUAUUUUAUUUGACGAAUCGGGUACCAUUGUGCUCUACACCACAAUGCUGGGAGUGAAAACUGUUAGCAUUAAAACAGGAAAAGUGCUGCGUUGCGUUGGAAAACAGGAAAACCUGAGAGUGCUAAAGAUCGCCCUCUAUCAAGGCAAACCCAAAAAGAGCAAGGCAGCCGUCACUUUUGAAAUGGAAGCAUCAGAGAAUCCCACUCUCGAUAAUGCGCAGACUGAUCCUAUGCUUGUGUGUACUGCGUUCAAGAAAAAUAGAUUCUAUCUUUUUUCAAGCCGGGAGCCUAUCGAAUCCAAAUCAGUGGACGCAGACCGAGACGUUUUCAAUGAGAAACCGUCUAAGGAGGACAUCAUAGCAGCAACAGAAGCGUCAGCUACGCAGAGGAUCUUCAAUAACGCCAUCAUCCACACAACCUAUGGUGACAUUCAUGUCACGCUGUUCAGCAAAGAGUGCCCCAAGAGCGUCGAGAACUUCUGUGUGCACGCCAAUGAGGGCUACUUCAACGGACACAUCUUCCACCGUGUCAUCAAGUCAUUUAUGAUCCAAACAGGAGACCCCACUGGAACUGGCACUGGUGGCGAGAGCAUCUGGGGUGGCGAGUUCGAAGAUGAGUUCCAUCCAACACUGAAGCACGACCGGCCGUACACGCUGAGCAUGGCCAACGCUGGCCCCAACACGAACGGCAGCCAAUUUUUCAUCACAAUCACACCCACGCCUUGGCUUGAUGGGAAACACACGAUUUUCGGACGCGUGGUCAAAGGAAUGGAAGUGGUGCAAAACAUCAGCAACGUCAAGACCGACGCCAAGACUGACCAACCCGUCGAGGACAUAUCCAUCAUGAGCGUGACUGUUAAAUAAUUCGAGACGCUUAUUUUUAUUUUAUCGUUUUAUUUUCACCAGAACAUCCAGGUCAAGCAAAAAAUAAUAUCGUGUACAAAUAUAUUUUUCCAAAAUUGUAUCUUUUUUAAUAAAUGAGGCUUAAAUUAACUUAAAAUAAAAAAUUUCAAGGAA